GAUUGGUCAAGACAACACAAUUUCAUUUGGGAGACGUAGUUGUGUUCCGUGUCAACGAAAAUAGUAGCUGGCUAGCUACUCUAGCACUUGGCCACCACAUAACUUUGGCUAGAAACACUUUCUUCCAGUAGCUCGCUUCCCUUCACUGUAUACCCCAAAAAGCAGGCUGUUUUUAGCAGAAUAACGAACUGGGGUUUACGUGCUAUCAGUGUGUCUGAACUGUUGAGAAGAAUUUCAGCUAGCAAGCUGCAGCUGGCUAACGUUAACGCGUUAGCAUCACUUGAUCGCUUACUUGGCCAUUCGAGAUCUAAAUAGUCGGCGAUAACUGCAUUUAUUCAUUUAUUUGAGGUGUCGUGGACCACUUUCUCAUCGAUCAAGCAUAAGCUGCAAGCAUUUAUUAGUUGUUAGCUACCGUUGCUAUUUAGACGAGGAUCACAGAGUUAGCUAGCCCCAGUCACCUGAAUACUAAUAUUCUUCGGAAGACAUGAACUCCAAUGUAGAGAACUUGCCGCCCCAGGUUCUGCGUCUGGUGUACAAAGAGGUGUCUGCACUAGCUGCAGAUCCCCCUGAGGGCAUCAAGAUCUACCCCAGCGAAGAAGACAUCACAGAACUCCAUACAGCCAUUGAGGGACCAGAAGGAACCCCGUUUGCCGGGGGUGUUUUCCGGAUGCGUCUGGUCCUGGGGAAGGACUUCCCUGCUGCACCACCGAAGGGCUACUUCCUAACCAAGAUCUUCCACCCUAAUGUGGGCCACAAGGGAGAGAUCUGUGUCAACGUCCUGAAGAGGGACUGGAGGGCAGAGCUGGGACUCAGACAUGUAUUACUGACUAUCAAGUGCCUUAUGAUCCAUCCCAACCCUGAGUCGGCUCUCAACGAGGAGGCGGGGCGUCUGCUCCUGGAGGACUAUACAGAGUAUGCGUCCCGUGCUCGCCUCCUGACUGAGAUCCAUGCCAUGGGGGGGCACGGGGGGACGUCGGGGGUGCCCCAGGACCCCGCCGAUGGCCCCCAGCCCAAAAAACAUGCAGGGGACCCUACCAAGAGGGCGAUGGGGCCAGGGGUUGCCCCCUCUGCUGCUCUGGGUAACGGAGCCAAUGGAAGCAGUACUACCUCCAGCAGUAGUAGUAGCAAUAGUAAUGUUGUAGGGAAGAAGAAAACUGAUAAAAAGCGAGCGUUGAGACGACUCUAAUGCUGCUUGGAGUCUUCUCUGUGUGUGUGUGUGUGUGUGUAUAUACUGAAUAUUGUUCCCCUCUCCCAGACUCUUUCUAUACCCCUGACUCUGUACUGUCCCUUUUGUACUCAUUGCAUCUGAUAUCCCUGUUCAUUCCUUAUUGCCAUAUAUUCUCCCAAUCCCCUGUGGAUAAAUCCAUUUGCAUUCAAUUACUUUUUGACAGCACCCCUUUUUGAUGUGAAUGAAACCUUCCGUACAUAUUUGUCUGUUGUAGAAGUGCUUCGAAAAAUGAGUUUUUGGACCUGAAUGCCAAAAGAUAAAGGUGCUCAAAUUUGCCCCCUUUUGCAGACCCCACCACACAAUGAGACAUCCAUGUCUACAUUACUGGAAAAGAGAAACGGUUGAGAUUUGAUAUAUUUUAAAAGCUUGCAAACAGGGUUGUCAGACUAUUUGUUUAGUCAUUUCUUGGUAGGGUGGGGUAUGCAAAAUGGGGCAACUUUGAGCACCUUUAUCUCCUGAAUGUUUUUGGCAUUUAGGGAACAUGGCACAUGGGAAAACAUGUAUGGAAAGUUUUGUUUAAAACAAAAGGGAUGUUGUGAAAAGUGACUGAAUUCAAAUGGGUUCACCGCUGUGUGUGUUAGUUCUCUCCAUGGUUCCUCGCUGUCAUGAUCUGAGAGGUUUUAUUGUGUUUCAUACACAGCACUAGUGAUUGUGUGUCAUACAGUAGCUAGACUGUUUGAGCUUCAGUCUGACUCAUCUCCCCUAUCUGAAAUUAGGCUUCUUUCUGUUCACUAAACAAACUGUCUUAGAUAUUUUGCAGAAACAGAAAAUUCCUCUUUCUUCACCCCACCCCCUUCUUGACAUGGCUUCUGUUGCUGAAAUGGUACUGUGUACUGCCCAGCUAGCUCAUGUUGGGAAACUGGUGAGAUGUUUUGUCAUAUUUGAGUUGAGUUACCUUAUACGAGAUCAGGUUGUCGGAAGGGAGUCAGGGUAGAGGACUUAUUAGAAGAUUAUGCAAUGUUUUUGAUUUAUAGAGUGAAACGCAACAUGAUGAGAUGGUCAUUCAUUGGGUAGUCAAAUGAGGAAGCAACAAUGAGAAGUUUUCCUAGAAAAUGUUUGUCUAGUAGUGGUCGAAAUGAGAUGGACACGAAGGGAGCAACAUUUGGUCUGAUUAUUACUUUUAAAAAUGAUUUCACCCCUAUUUUUUUGUAAAUGUUUAUCCCCAUGUAUGACUAUUCUGUUUUUGCAUUUUUACAAAAUUGUCAUUGUUUAUUCAGUGUCCAGUAUUUGCCAGAGUGGUUUUAAAGUGACAUGUCUAUAUUCAGAUGUCUUGGUGCGUGUAUGAAGUAGGUUAUUGUCCAUACAGGAUUAGGUUAGGUUGCAGGAUUGUGCAUAUCAUUGAUUAUUAAUUAUAUCCCAUAUAUAAUUAUGGAUAUUUAUUUAUAUGAUCAUUGCGGCACAUCUGGUCUUUAGUACUAAUUUGCCAAUAGUGUACUUGUGAACCUUUUAUUGUAAAAUGUUUUUCAUUUGAUUUGUAUGGAUCAAAUACCUGCUCCAGUCGUAUGCACUAUCCAGCUCCUAUCCUUUUCCCAAAUGGGCCAGAAUUGGAAAAAAACUAUGUAAUGGUCAAUAGGGAAGCCUCAACAGAUUUGAUAGAAAGGAACUCCCCAGUUGAUCGUCUCCUCUGGCUGGGUUUCCUGGGCAUGUUUUCUCCCUCUGUUCUAAAUGCAUGUUGGCUCCUACAUUUCCCAGGGAAACAAUCAACAGUUGUCUUUUACUUUGGUGGGAGAAGGUGCCUGGGAAACAGUCAUUGUGCGAAACUUAACGGGUGGGUAUUUUUGUGUCCAUUUUAAGUUAUUUAAAUUAAUAAAUUAGGAAAAUUUGGAAAAAUGUAUCAUUUAGUUCUUCAGUGUUGGUAAGAUAUUGAACAUGUUGUAUGGUGUGAAUAGCAUUGCUCUCUGUGGUACAGUAGUAUAAUGACAGGGAAGGGAGAAAUCAGAUUUUUAGAGAGACAACCUACAUUGGAGGCUAUCUGGGGCAUAUUUCAUAGUAAAAACAGGAUUCAUUUCCUCUUCAUCUGUAAAGGUCUGAGAACACGGGAUGGGUGAAAAGCAACAGGGGAAACAAGUUGGAGGGAGCCACUACACUGUUGAGCUCCACCCAUUGUGUCAUGAAUUCCAUACACACCUGUUUAGUCUAGUGGAAUGUGCCCCCAGCAAGCAGGCUGUCAGUUGAUGUACGUAAUGAAGGGCUCCUUCCUCUGGCGUGGCUGCAGUGAGCAGCAUGCAGAGCAACCAGCUACCCAUGUGGGUGGAAAUAUCUGCCUGAUCCUGGUAAUUGCCCUCAAGACACCUGGGUGUUGGGCUGGAGGUGAUGCUAGGAAACCCCCCUGUUUAGAAAGGUUUUUCACCUUCUAGUCCCCCUCCAGUGGAAAGGUUUAUUCAACCGUCUAUCAUAGUACCCUACCACCUUGACGGUUAUGGGGAUAGAAAAUACGGAGUGGCUGCGGAUCCAACUUUUCUGGCCCCAUCUUCCCAACAGCUAAAUGUCCCGAAGCUUUUGCUCGUGUGAAAUUCUCUACUUCACACACAGUCUUGGCUUUACAAAUAAAGGACAGGCUACUGUUGCGACUGGUGCUCAUUUAAAUAAAGUUAGAUCAAAGCUGAAACAAUGUCUGCAAAAACAAGCGAGGAGAAGAGAGGUCCAGAAAAGUCUUAUUGACAGCCACUGCCUAGGAAAUGGGUGUGUUCGGGCGGUAAGCCUAACAAAGCCGACUAGACGAAAGUCCUUGGGUGAAGUCUGUGGAGGUGCAUCUGCAACAGCCGAAAGUCAGACACUAGUGGUUUUCAAACAGCAAGGCUCAGAUCAACAUGGCAGUGCCAACAUAGCUGCUUUUUGCAAAAGUUCUAAAGAAUAAAUGUAAAAGUUUAUCACACACUCACAAACUGAAAACAUAAUGUGUGUACAUUUAAAUGAUUAGAAAGUCUCAUAUCACUUUCAGUUGUAACCCCUGGAGCUUUAGAAUCGUGGCAAGUUGGUAAUGUCUGGUCACGUUCGCGUGGGUCAUUCAAAAACACCCUAAUGAUUGGUUGACAAAUAGUGCCUCCCACUAUACAGGUGAUGGCUGCAUGGUGUGGGGUGAUGGCUGCAUGGUGCAGGUGAUGAGAAGCAACUGCGGCGACUUCUUCAGAAACUGCAUGACGUUUGAUCACAUGAUUUUUGUAAGGUUCGUGCAGUUGACAUGUAGGUGAAAGGCGGACAAUUUUUAUAACUAUAAUGCAACAUACUUUAAAUGGUAGUGACCAACGAUGGUCACGAUUUGACAAAAGUGAUCCACUUGAACGUGCCCAACUUUACAUAAAUCAUGUGAACAAAGGUCAUGAAGGUUUGACUGCAGUCGACAGUAAGUUUCUGCAGGUGCUCUUCACCAACUUCAUCCUGCAGCCAUCACCUGCAUUGUGGGAGGCUCUAUUGUCAACCAAUCAUUAGUUUUUUAUAUGACCCACACCAAUGUGACCAAAGACAUGACUGAAACAGGAACCAACUUUGCCGCAAUUCAUGUAUACAGUGGAUAUGUACAAAUGAAUGUGAUAUUUGAGGCUCUCCUUUGCCAAUUGAUCGUAAAAUGUGCACAUAGUGGCAAGAAAAAGUAUGUGAAGCCUUUGGAAUUACCUGGAUUUCUGCAUAAAUUGGUCAUAAAAUUUGAUCUGAUCAUCUAGGUCACAACAAUAAACAAACACAAUCUCCUUAAACUAAUAACACACAAUUAUACGUUUUUAUGUCUUUAUUGAACACACCGUGUAAACAUUCACAGUGUAGGGUGGAAAAAGAAUGUGAACCCUUGCAUUUAAUAGCUGGUUGACCCUCUGCAGUAAUAAACUCAACCAAAUGUUUUCUGUUGUUGUGGAUCAGACCUGCACAAUGGUCAGGAAGAAUUUUGGACCGUUCAUCUUUACAAAACUGUUUCAUUUUAGCAAUAUGUUUGGUGUGAUCCGCUCUCGAGGUCAUGCCACAGUAUUUUAAAUCGGGUUGAGGUCAGGACCACUCCAGAAGGUGUAUUUUCUUCUGUUGAAGCCAUUCUGUUGUUGAUUUACUUCCGUGUUUUGGGUCGUUGUCCUGUUGCAUCACCCAACUUCUGUUGAGCUUCAAUUGGCAGACAGAUAGGCUUACAUUCUCCUGCAAAAUGUCUUGAUAAACUUGGGAAAUAAUUUUUUCGUCCAUGAUAGCAAGUUGUCCAGGCCCUGAGGCAGCAAAGCAGCCCCAAACCAUGAUGCUCCCUCCACCAUACUUUACAGUUGGGAUGAGGUUUUGAUGUUGGUGUGCUGUGCCUUGUCUUCUCCACACAUAGUGUUGUGUGUUCCUUCCAAACAACUCAACUGUAGUUUCAUCUCCCCACAGAAUAUUUUGCCAGUAGCGCUGUGGAACAUCCAGAUGCUCUUUUGCGAGCUUCAGACGUGCAGCAAUGUUUAUUUUUGGACAGCAGCGGAUUCUUCCAUGGUGUCCUCCCAUGAACACCAUUAUUGUUUAGUGUUCUACGUAUCGUAGACUCGUCAACAGAGAUGUUAGCAUGUUCCAGAGAUUUCUGUAAGUCUUUAGCUGAGACUCUAGGAUUCUUCUUAACCUCAUUGAGCAUUCUGCACUGUGCUCUUGCAGUUAUCUUUGCAGGAUGACCACUCCCAAGGUGAGUAGCAACAGUGCUGAACUUUCUACAUUUAUAGACAAUUUGUCUUACCAUGGACUGAUGAACAUCAAGGCUUUUAGAGAUACUUUUGUAACCCUUUCCAGCUUUAUGCAAGUCAACAAUUCUGAGAUCUCUUUUGUUUGAGGCAUGGUUCACAUCAGGCAAUGCGUCUUGUGAAUAGCAAACUCCCAUUUUGUGAGUUGUUUUUUUAUAGGGCAGUGCAGCUCUAACCAACAUCUCCAAUCUUGUCUCAUUGAUUGGACUCCAGGUUAGUUGAUUCCUAACUCCACAUACCUUUUCUAACCUACACUGUGAAUGUUUAAAUUAUGUAUUCAAUAUAGACAAGAAAAAUACAAUAAUUUGUGUGUUAUUAUUUUAAGCAUGCUGUGUUUUGUCUAUUAUGACUAAGAUGAAGAUCAGAUCAAAUGUUAUGACUAAUUUAUGCAGAAAUCCAGGUAAUUCCAAAAAGUUCACAUGCUUUUUCUUGCCACUGUAUAUUUUCAGUUAGUGAGUGUGUGAUAUGGGGGCUGGAGACGUGUUUAUUUCGACAUUAUAAAGAACAACUUUUCUACGCAAUGGCAACACUGCCAUGUUACACUGAGCCUUGCUGUAGGAAAACCACAUCAGUGUCUGACUUUUGGCUGUCGCAGAUGCACCUCCCCCAACCUCACUCCUCAACCUUCAUCUACAGUCGGUUGCUUUCGCCUUACCACUCAAACAAGCCCAAUAUCUGACCCUGCUGUAUCAGUGGUUGGGGACAAUGUUUGUAUUCUCUCCCCUUUGCUGGCUUCUGCCAGCCCUUUUUACCCAUAACCUAAUACUGUUCUCUCUUUCUGGGAUUUGCACAGCAUGGGCUUAUUCAUUUGGGGAAACAUUUCAGGCUGUUCAUAGAGGUAUAGAACAUACAUAUGUCAUACAGGGCUAUUAUUGUUUUCUCUUAUUAUCUGCGGGGUUUAACACCAUGAAUAAGCCCCAUGCUUUACUGUUGGCUGAGAGGCUACAAGAGCUAGUAUUGUAAUCUGGGAGUAUGAUGUGCUUUGUGAAAAAUAAAUGAACAUAGUCAUUA